CCCGCAUUCCAGUUUCCCUUCAGCUCACAAUCCAAGUCGCGAGACAGCACCUCCGUCGCCCAUACCCGCUUACCAUAAUAUUCUCAAAGAGACAAACGUCGAAAGACACCUACCUACCAUGUCUCGCGAAGCUUACCAGGUUCCUUCCUCUUUGGGCGGACAGAAUGCCUUUGACUCCGGUGCUGGCUCCAUGGAUGGCCCUAUGGUUGCCUAUCUAUGCGGCGAGUGCAACGCUCGUGUCUCGCUGAAGAGGGGUGACCAGAUCCGCUGCAAGGAAUGCGGUCAUCGUGUGUUGUACAAGGAAAGGACUAAGAGAAUGGUUCAGUUCGAAGCUCGGUGAAUAUGGGAUAGAACGGUUGCGCGACGUUGGUUUUAUAAUUUUUUUUUACGAUCGUAUCGUGAUAUGCAUUCAGGUGGCGCUUUGGAGUUUGAUGGGACAAAAAAAAAAAAAAAUUAAAUAUUGCGAUGCGGCGAUGGUUCUGCAGAUGACCUUUGUUGAAAGGGACUCAUUAUAUCUGUGCAUCGGCGGAAGGUACUCGUGUUGAAGUUUUCCAUGAGUAAAGU